AUGGCAGGGGUAGUCUUGGCGACAGCAGGUUAUGAUCACACUAUUCGCUUCUGGGAAGCCGCGUCGGGCACAUGCAAUCGCACAGUCAAGUAUCCUGAUUCGCAAGUAAAUUGCCUUCAGAUCACACCGGACAAAAAGUAUAUCGCAGCGGCCGGUAAUCCACACAUUCGCCUUUUCGAAAUCAACAGCAACAAUCCCAACCACGUGACGAGUUACGAUGGACACGCCACAAAUGUCACGUCCUUAGGCUUCCAGCGCCACGGUAAAUGGAUAUUCUCGUGUUCGGAUGACGGCAGCGUCAAAAUCUGGGACUUGCGUGCACCUGGAUGUCAGCGUAGUUACGAUGCAGGGGUGCCCCUUAACUCAGUAGUAUUGCAUCCAAACCAGGCAGAGCUAAUUGUGGGCGAUCAGAAUGGUGUCGUGCGCGUGUAUGACCUCACGGCUAACGCCUUGGUUACAAAAUUGGAGCCACCGACAGGUGAAACAGGCGAGAGUAGCAUUCGAUCCGUUGACAUUGUACAGGAUGGUAGUGCGUUGGUAGCGGCUAACAAUCACGGCAAGUGUUUCUUUUAUCGUCCAAAGCCAGAACGGCAUUUCGAGCUACACGGGUCGAUCCAGGCCCAUAAUGGCUAUAUUUUGAAGGCACGAAUAAGCGCAAAUGGGAAGUUCUUAGCGACAUGCUCGUCGGACAAGACUGCUAAGGUAUGGAGUCUUCCGACAGCAAUGGCAGCUUCAGCGGACAGUGACGUAGCUGAGCCCGAGACGCACAGCAACGGGUCAAUGAGCUCGCAGCGACCAAUGAAAUCGUUCAGCAUGAGUUCUACUUUUGGUUCAAUAACGCCACCUGUGCCGAGCAAUACAGGACUCAUUCAUACGUUGCAAGGUCAUCAACGAUGGGUUUGGGAUUGCGCUUUCUCAGCUGUCUCGUCGUACUUAGUCACGUGUUCUUCGGACCAAAGUGCUCGGCUAUGGGACUUGAGUCAAGGCGAAGCCAUUCGCCAAUAUAGUGGCCACCACAAGGCUGUCAUAUGCGUAGCUCUUAACGAUUCCGUCGCAGACUAA